AUGUGGAAGAGGCUCUUCGAGCGUGCAGCCAGCAGCCAGCUGUACAUGUCGGCAGCAACGAUGCUGGGUGGAGAGCAGGAUGUGUACCAGGUGUCUUACGUGAUUGUGAAGGCGGCCAUCUCGCCGCGGCCGGCCAGCUGGAUCCUGGAGCGUUCUCUGGACGGCGAGACGUUCCUGCCGUGGCAGUACUACGCGCAGACGGACGACGAGUGCUGGAGCCGCUACGGCAUACCGCCAACCCCCGGCCGACCCACCUACCGCUCCGACUCGGAGGUCAUCUGCACCUCCUACUUCUCAAAGCUGAACCCUCUGGAGGGCGGAGAGAUCCACACGUCGCUGGUGAGCGGCCGGCCGGGCGCCCGCGAGUGGAGCGCGGAGCUGCGCGACUUCACGCUGGCGCGCUACGUGCGGCUGCGCCUGCAGAAGGUGCACGCGCCCGACGAGCAGUCGGUGUCGGCCGCCGCGGCCAGGCCCGACGCCUCCCUCACCCGCCGCCUCUUCUACUCCAUCAAGGACAUCAGCAUCGGCGGACAGUGCGUCUGCUCCGGGCACGCCAGCCGCUGUCUGCAGGCCGGCCACGACGGGAAGCCGCAGUGCGAGUGCCAGCACAACACGUGCGGAGCGAGCUGCGAGCGCUGCUGCCCGCUGCACAACCAGCAGCCGUGGCGCGCCGCCGCCCCCUGCGAGCCGUGCCAGUGCUUCGGGCGCGCCGCCAGCUGCCGCUACGACGCCGCCGUCGCGCUCGCCCAGCGCAGCCUCGACGCCAGGGGGCGCUACAGCGGCGGCGGCGUCUGCGUCAACUGCUCGGCCCAUACUACAGGGAACAACUGUGAGCAGUGUGUAGAUGGUUGGUAUCGUCCUUCAGGGGUGAGUCCAGAUAACCCAAAUCCGUGUGUACCGUGUGACUGCAACUCUUCUGGUGCAACAGGAAAUUGUGCUAAAGAUGACACCAAUGGAAAGGUUGCUGGAGCAUGUGAAUGUAAACCAGGCUAUUCUGGAUACCACUGUGAUCGCUGUGAUAUAUGGUACCGUGGAUUUCCUCAGUGCACACCAUGCCUCUGUGACCCACGAGGAUCCAUUGCAGGUGCCUGUGAAAAGGAGUGCAUUUGUAAAAAGAAUGUUGAUGGCCAACAGUGCGACCACUGCAAACCUGGUUUCUUUGGAUUAGAUGAGAACAAUCCUGAUGGUUGCAAUGAAUGCUAUUGCUCAGGAGUGAGCACAAUCUGUGAAAAAGCGACACUGUAUUACGAUUAUGUUUCAUCACUCUCUGGAUGGCUAGUUAGUGAUUUCUUGGUGAGCCGAACAGUUGUUCCAUCAGUUGAGAAAAUGACAAUGAACUUGUAUGUUGGAAAUUAUGAUUUAUCUGGCGUGGACAUGUACUACUGGCUUGCUCCAAAGGCAUACAGCAACAGCAUUUUGACAAGCUAUGGUAACAAUAUAACUUUUGAAAUAAGCUGGGUGGUCAUGAGAGGAGACACCAGUGGUCAGCCUAUUGCAGGACCACUGCUCAUUUUGAUGGGAAACAAUGGUUUGAAGAUUGGUUACGGAUAUGAAGAAUUCUAUGAAACAAAUGUAACAAUUAGCAUUCCAUUACAUGAAAACGGAUGGUACCUUAUCCCAGAGGAACUGAAAGAUAUUAAAGCUCACACAGCCCCUACAGAAUAUCAAGGGGCUGAUGUCACUCGAUAUCAGUUUAUGAGUGUUCUUUCAGAUCUCAAGCAUUUAAUGCUGAGAGCAAAAUAUAACACAGAUCAACAGAAAGGAAGAUUGAAAGCUGUGUCACUGAAAACUGGCUUACCAAGUGCAGAUGGAGCAGUGGCACGCCAAGUGGAAAGGUGUCUUUGCCCGCCAGGCUACACGGGAUUAUCCUGUGAAAACUGCCAGUAUGGAUAUGCUAAGAUUGGGUCAACAUUACCUUAUGAUGAAUUUGGAUAUGAAUGCAGGAAAUGUAAUUGUAAUGGACAUGCAGCUACGUGCAAUCCUGUUACAGGAGAAUGUUUGGCAUGUGAACACAAUACAACAGGAGGUCACUGUGAGAUAUGUGCUGCUGGUUACUAUGGAAAUCCAGAACAAGGAACACCUGCUGAUUGUCAACCAUGUGCAUGUCCACUUCUGCAACCGAGCAAUAACUUCAGCCCUACAUGUGAAGCACAUGGCAGAGAUGAUUAUGUUUGUACCAGUUGUCCCAUUGGAUAUGCUGGCAAGCAUUGUGAGAUGUGUGCGAGUGACUACUUUGGCAAUCCAUUGGAAAUUGGUUCCACAUGUCAGCCCUGCAAUUGCAAUGGUGGCCCUUGUGAUUCAUACACUGGACAAUGUCUGGAAUGUAAAGGAAACACUGAGGGAUGGAGAUGUGACAAAUGUUUACCAGCACAUUAUGGAGACCCACUGAGGGCUGACUGCCAUCCAUGUGACUGCAGUGAGGAAGGGUCCCUACAGACAGAUAGAUGUGAUGCAGUUACAGGUCAAUGUGAAUGCCGAGAAAGGUUUUCUGGACAAAGAUGUGAUCGUUGUCAGGAAGGUCUGGGGAAUGUCACAGCAGGAUGCAUUCCGUGCAACUGUCAUCCUAUCGGUUCAAAAUUACCAGCCUGUAAUCCAUUUACAGGAGAAUGUAUGUGUCACAAUGGCAUUCAAGGCCCAUAUUGUGAUACCUGUGCUGAGCUGCAUUACAACUUCUCAUCUUCGGGCUGCGUAGGUGAGUGCUGAACCUGCAUGUAACUCAUUCCUAUAAAACACAAAAUGCAUGGUUG